AUGAAUAAAGAAAAUAUACACAUUAUGAAGAAUUAUAAUGUCGUUGUGGAAGCUAAUGAAUUACCACCUGAACGUAAAGCUACAGCAUUAACUCUGUGUAUACAAGCUUUGGAUUAUUAUAACAAUGAAAAGGAGGUAGCCAUGUUUAUGAAGAAGAAUUUUGAUAAACUUUAUGGACCUACUUGGCAAUGUGUUAUAGGACAUGAAUUCGGCUCGUCAAUUACACAUGAUGAAAAAUGUUUUAUUUACAUACACUGUGGACCAGUCAGUCUCCUGUUAUUCAGGUGUACCGGAUAA